CAAGAAGCGUUCUUCCUUAGCUUUCCUGUUCUACUAUCCGCCUGCUCCUCUUAUCUACCUCUCUUUCACACGCCUUCCAUCCGCCCUUCACACCUGCCCUUUACAAUUUGGUCGAUUCUAUCCCGUCUCGCUCCCUGUCUACAAAGUCCCCCGAACUAGUCACCUCUCUCUUCCCUUCAACUUCUCCUGUGGUUCUUACCUGCCAAAUUCCUAAGCUGAGUUCGCGUUCGACCAUGCAAGCCGCCGUCACCGAUCACCCUCCGCCCGACCUUGAUAGCACUUCGGACACUGAAUCUGCCGAUACUAUCAUCGAUCCAGUCCAAGACACUGUCAGUUCCGAUGAGGGUUCGGACUCUGUUGUUCUGGAUGAUCCCGAGGCUUCCGUUCCCAAGAAUCAGGAUCUCAUGUCCCCCAUGCCUGUGUACUUCAAGACUGUGGUCCUUGAUCUUUUCAAGAAGCAGCUUCAAAAGGACAAGUCUUUCAUUUACAAUUUUCCAAAGCCUGAGAAGGAUUUCGACUGGACUCGUUGCUUGUUGGUUGAUGCAGUUCCCAGGGAGUGUCGGGUCUUUUGUAAGCGCCUUUGCUGUCCCUACCUCUCCCUGCACUCGCAAGACAAGGAGCACUUGAUCCCCAAGGUGUAUAUUGCCAUUUCUCAUGGAGUGGUGAAGGUUGGCUGUACUGAUCCUGAGUGUCAGGCUGCCUCGGAGGAACAAGGGUUUACUGUUCAGUGGACACCUAGCAGCAAGACCUACCGCCCUAUGGCCUGGAGAGCCCUCACCUUCGCCCUCCAAAAGGAAUGCAACAUUGCCGAGCCUGUUCCGGUCCACAAAGGGACUCCUUUGACCCGUCAAAGCCGAUCCGUUCGACACCAACUUGAUGGUACUGGAAGUAGUGGUGUCGCCACCAUUCCUUCGAUCUUGCAGGACGUCUCGAAUGUCUCUUGGGAUAGUAUGACCGACUGUCUCGGUUCUGGAAAAGGACACUCACUGUCCCGAGCCUUGCGGUCGGUCCCGUUCAUGAUCAAGCCCGAACUCAUUGUUUCUAUCGAGUUCAAAGCAACAGGCCAGUUUAUUGUUCAAAGUAUGGGAUGUCCGAUUUGCGAACAGUCGGAUUCUGAAGAUAUCCACUCGACCUUUACACUCGAAUACUUCCCGGCAGCUAUGUCCUUCACACUUGAGCCUGGACACUGUCAGUCUGUCCACGGAACCCUCAACAGUGACAUUGCUAACAACCUGGCGACGUGGCAUCGCAAGCUAUCGGACUCGACUGUCGAUGUAGACGAUCAAAUGGAGGUCAUGAAAACCGACGUCCAGGAAAUCAUUGCAGCAUCAUUUGCCAGCUCGUUCAUCACCGGCUUCAGUCCACAGACUGAUCAAAGAGGAUUCAACAUUGAACUCAAUGGCUCCUGCUUCUUUUGCAAGACCAGUGGAGUCGUGCUCAGUGGAUCCAUCACCUCCGAAGGAUUCCGAUUCCGAUGCUCAAAUUGCAAUGUCGAGGACCCAACAGGCCCAAAGCGAUUCCCCAUCGACCGCUACAUGUGGAGCAAUCCCUCCAGCAGCUUCACCCAGUACAUCAAGCAAAUGAAUACCCAGUGUGUCAGCAACAGGUUCUCAUCCCUUUCGGAGAACGAUAAGUGGAAGAGCAUUGCCCACCUUCACGAUCCCACCCCCUACCUUCAGGAUGUCACUGCUCAGGCAGCUCUGUGCUUCAAGGAUUAUCUCACCAACACCACUGGAAACGCCGAGCUGCUUGAUUUCCUUGCUUCUGUGUUCGGGGACGUCUGGUUGCACGAUCGUGAUCGCCCCGGCAACUGGUACCAUUUCAACGGAGUGUACUGGGAAAGGUCCAACGGCAACAGCGAACUCAACAACCUUGUGCUCGAUUACUUGAGACGAAUCUUCAGGAGGGCCCUGGAGUGGUACUCGGACCUCGAAGGACGCGACCUUCCACAUUCUGCAGAAACCAUCGGCCACUUUGAGCGAAUGAAACAGAAGAUGGUGGACUCUGGUUUUGUAAGCCAACUCGUCAAUGGCGGACUGUCACAUCAACUGUCGGUCAAGUUUCCCGAGUUCAAGCAACGCAGGAACAAGAAUCCUUUGCUGCACGUCACCAGGGACGGAACCCUGGACUUGACCACGAUGGUGUUUCGACCCAGUAGACCCGAGGACUACUUCACGAUGUGGUCGAGCGCUUAUUACAACGACCAAGGGACUGAAGCCGUUCUUAGAGCCAUGGAUCACUUGAACGAAAUCAUUCGCAGCAUCUUUGUGGAUCCGGACCAAUUCGAUUGGAACAUGCGCUACUUUGCCAGUCUCCUGGAUGGCAACAACGACGAGCAGUUCCUGGUCCUCGGCAUCGGCAGCUCUUCCAACGGCAAGUCACUUAUGGCCAAGAUUCUCCGGAUGACCCUUGGCCCGGUGUACUCCAGCAUGUUGACCAGCUCCUACCUCCAUACAAGUACUCAAAGUAGCUCUGCGGCAACUCCUGAGCUGGCAUCCAUCGUUGGCUCCCGCUUCGUCUAUAUUUCGGAGCUUGAACAAAAAUCGAACAAACCUCGAGCCCUCAACACCAUGCGAAUCAAGAACCUUGUCGGUGGUGACGAGGUCGCCUUCCGCGAUAUCUACCAAGGCCAACAAUCCAGGGAGCUCAGCAUCAAGUUCAUGAUGAUGUGCAACCCAGAGGACAUCAACGUGCCUGAACUCAUGAGGCACGAUUCCAUCCGGCGCCGAAUCGUGAUCAAUCCAUACCUGUCCAAGUUUGCUUUGGAUCAAAAGGCAUUCAACGACUAUCGCGCUAAGCAUCCGGGGAAACCACUCUUUAUGAAGGACGCUACCCUUGGAAACCUCGUUGAACAACAGGAGUACAUCAACGCGAUGCACUGCCUUAUGCGCAAGUGGUAUCCCAGAUACCGAGAUGGUGGAUCACUCCUCAGCACUCGACCUUCAAUCAUGAGCCAGAGCAGCGUAGUUGGAGUACCCACCCAGGCCGAUACAUUGAUCGAGUUCAUUGAUUCGACCUACAUUAUCCACCCGCCCGAAACUGAGGGCUUCAACAACACCGAUUUCAACAUUGCACAGCCGGUUCUUUCACUUGAGUUUUUCAGGUGGUUCAAAUCUACCUGCAUGGACAGGAUCGAAACUGACGAGGUCUCCCGUUCUGUCAAGAGUGUUUGCGACAAUACUGUGAGCGAACACAAAAUCAAGUACCGAAUCGGCAGCAUCCUUGAUAAGCACCAGUACCUUGCCCCUUUGAAAGUCGAGAAAACCAGCUCCAGUGGCACACAGAAUUACCGUGGCCUCGAGAGAAAAGCAAGCCAACAGAAAUAAGGGUUUGCAUCUGUGCUGCUUUUGAUUCACUUCCUUACAGUAUCAGUAUGUCGAUGUGUUUCCCAAUUAGUAUCCUACUGACUUGUGAAUUCAGCUCCUCUGUUGAUUCCUUAGUGUUCCCCCUUCAAUGAGUACCUUUCAAUGAUAUCCGUUCGUUAUAUAGUAUUAGUACCCACAUCAGUGCCUUUAUCUGUCCUCUUGGCCUUCUGAGUUCUUCUUCAGUACCCUUUUGUUUGACCAUUCUACUCCUGCGAUUAUGGCUGGACUUCUCUUCCUGUUGUCGACGCAUUGGUUCAAUAAAAACACACUGUCGGGGAGGCUACAUGCCUUGGCCGAUGGUACAAAAUCAAGAA